UCACUGCAAUAUUUCUAUUUGCAGACACCAGAGAGGGAUCCUUGCGCCCUCUUCGUAUCCUUUGGAGAAACUAUCAACCAAGAUGUUGCCAAAGAAAUUAUGGAGUUUGCUACAACUGCAGAAGAUAUAAGUUUUGGACUAAAAUGCCACUUGAAGUUUGAUAGUGAGGAAAAGGCUCUCGAGAUGGAAUCUACAGCUGCUGAAGUGGAAUUCACAGAUAAUAAAGCUGCCGUUAAUAAUGCUUUUAGAGAAUACCUUAAAAAAGCAGAAAAGCGGUCACUAAAUAGCGAUGAUGAAAGCCCUUCUUCCAAAAAGAAAAGGGACUCGGAUGAAAAUGGAGGUGAUACAGAGGAAAUGGAGGAAAAUGCCAUUGGAGAUCUUGAGGAAGAAAAUGAAGAACCUCAAGAAUGUAAUGAAAAUGAUGAUGAUGACGGUGAUGACGAUGUUUGAGUCAUGCACAUCAAAAUAAACUUAUAAGUGUCAGGACUAGACAGAUCUGGUCUUAGAUGCAAUCCGUGUUUAAAUUGUGGCCAGAAUAUUAUGCACCAAUUUGUAAUGAAUGUCUCUCAGUGUUCUUUAUUAGAUUGUGGGAUCCACAGUUUGUUCAAUUACAUUCUGUAACUUUUUAAAAUAGGCCUUUUAUUCUUAAACCUCCUUUUUUUGUGUUGCAAAUUUCUGGCCCCUUUUUAAGAAUAUUUUGAGCUGUUGAAUUAGGGUAGUUAUUUAAGCUAUUACUUUUGGUAAGCCUUCAUUAUUGAUAUGAACAUUAUAGACAGCUUGGUAACAAAUGUUUAUCAUAAAAUUUGGGUUUGAAAAGUGCCAAGUUUGUCGUACAGUAUUAAAUCUAGAUCAACUAUAUUAAGUAAUGAAUAAUAUAUUCAUACCAUUAAGACCUGUUUUAUAACAUUACAGUUAUGUACUACCGCUGUAUUAUGUUCAGUAGAAGCCCAUGCUUCCUUGUAAUACAAGUUCUACAUCUCUUCACAAGAGACUUGGAAAAGAGAAAGAUGAAAUUGUAACUCCAGUGUAUAUAUAUAUAUCUUAGUGCAUUAUAUGAUGAUGAAUUCACAAACUAGUUUGCUAACCUCUUAUAGUCAUAGAGGAAUGAGUGAAAAAUUACCUUAAUGGAAGCAAUUUCUUAUGCAUUUAUUUCAUAUGAAUUUAAAUGCAUUUGUUGUUUUCUUGAACUACUGUUGACUGGAAGAUUUGAAAUGUCAAUUAAUAGUGAAGUUUGCAUGACUAAUGUCAAAAUUAAUAGUACUUUCAAUUUAGAAAAGAGUACAACCAAAUCCUAAUAAACAGCAGUAGUAGAAAAAGCAGCAAAAAUUUCUGCAAUGUUUGAGAAAUGGAAAAAAUAGGAGGCCAGUUUGUAAAACAAGUGUGUAGAAGAAGACGGAAUGACAUUCAGAUGAUGAGAUAAAACAGUUGUUCAUUUGACACAUCGGUUGUGGCCAGCCAGUAAAAAAUUGGUGGUACAUUUACUAGAGCAUGGAUAUCAUGUUACCACAGUGCAUCAUUCAGCUACAGAACUUGACAUGGAACCUGAACCAUCAUCUCUUCCACAUAAUCCACUUCAGUAAGACAUGGUUCAAAUUCCUUGUUAGAAAAUAGGUCCCAUAGCUUGAAUGACUCGCUGUAAUGCCUAUUUUUAAAAAGCUGUGCAGUACAGUAAAGGUUGUCCAAGUAAGUUUUUGUCACCCUUGGCCUUACUGUACUUGUUGCACCUAAUCAUGACAGUUUAGGUGAAAUUUUUGUAUCUUUGUACAUUAUGCAAUGAAAAGAUGGUCUAUUAGGAGUGAUUUUUCAGCAUGUUAUAGUGGUCUUUGGUUGAAAGUUAAAUGUCUGAUAUGGAAACGUAGUGUUAAUUAAAGUCUGCCAAGUUUGGAGAUGGAAAGGUGUCAUAUUUUACAUUUUUCUAUUAUCUAAUGAAGAACACCUGUCAUGUUUAAGACCACAUAAUUUAAAUUGAUUUUGACGUUAAUAGAAUCUAGAUUAGCAGUUUUUGAUGUAUGAAAUCAAACCUUAAUAACAAACAUUAAAGUGCACCAACACAAAA